AUGGCAAUUAGAUCAGGGAACUGGGUCCUUCGCAAUGCCUGCAUAAAACAGUCCUGUGACCUGCUCUUUGCAUAUGCCCGUGAUAAAUACGAGGUCUUGGCUGUCCAAACACUCAGUGAUGUACUGACAUACCCUACUGCCAUCAUCCAGCAGUUCGAGCAAGGACACUGGACAGCGUCAAAAUUAGGUGUGCCAUUUCAUAAUCAAGCGCUAGAUGAAUUGCAUGAGACCGAAAUUAAUUGUGGCUUAAAGCAAGUUGUGUCUAGACCUCCCUACUUUCAGGUAGUUGAACUUAGCAAUUUCCUAGCCUAUCUGGAAAAUGUGGUGUCUUAUUUUUGCUCUGAUGUUGGCAAAACUCGGAAGUCAAAAAUAGUGCACGACACUCACUUACCCACUAUUGUGACAGACCUGGUUGAAAAAUCACUUGAUUUGAAAUGUCUUGAUGCUGUUGAGUUGCAUAAUGUGUUUGCCCAUUGUCCCAAGUCACUUGACAAACCAACUAGAAGUGACCUGCUAGACAUAAGAAAUGCUGGUAGGAGACGGUUGGUUUCUUAUGCAAGGCAAUAUGCUUUAUGUCCUCCUACAGAAGUUCCAGGAAAAUGCAGUAGACAAAAACUCCGGACGUUUACCACCCGUACAUCGAUUUCAAGAGAGAAAGCUAAAGUGCAGAAAGCUACUCGUUUGCUGGAAAAUGCAUAUGCACAUGUGAUUCGUAGUGGAGUUGUCCUUGCCCAGACCUGUCCAUUACCACUCGCAAUAGCAAUGGGCAAGGGUGAAAUUCGCCAACGACCCAAAAGUUCAAUCAGGCUAGCGUUUGUCAGGGAUCCUGUUUUGGCAUCAAUCUUUACUACUACAUGCUCUCUUUUGACAGCCAAUCAAACUGCAUUUGACUUUGUUAUUGACUUCCUUCGGGUUCUUCAUCAGCCCCCUCCAUCUCAAGGGGUAUCCCUGCUUGAAUUUUGUCAAUACAUGUGGCAUCAAAUUGUUGUGGAAAUGAGAUUUUUGCGAGGGGCUGGUAGGGUUACUAAUGUCAUUGACAAACCAAAAUUUCUGCCUCCCCCUAGGCAAUUGCUUCAUUCAGUGAGGCAAAAAGAAAGUUGGUGUCGAAAGCAAGUCAUCUUAUCAGUUUCCGUCACCGUCUGA